AACACGCCUAACGUAGUAACAUGCCUAACGUAGUAACAUGCCUAACAUAGUAACAUGCCUAACGUAGUACCAUGCGUAACACGCCUAACGUAGUAACACGCCUAACGUAGUAACAUGCCUAACAUGCGUAACACGCCUAACGUAGUAACAUGCGUAACGUAGUAACAUGCGUAACACGCCUAACGUAGUAACAUGCGUAACGUAGUAACAUGCCUAACAUGCGUAACACGCCUAACGUAGUAACAUGCGUAACGUAGUAACAUGCGUAACACGCCUAACGUAGCGAUAUACGUAACUGAAACGUGUUGCUGGACGCACGAAAAAUUACUGAUUUGAAUAAGUUUUCAUAUGAACCGUUGUUUAUUUAAAGUGACAGAACACACAAUCAACGUUUGUGUGAACGGGUCAGUGAAGUGACGGGAAACACAAACGGAAACAUUUAAAAUAACACAAUAGAUAAAUAAUCUUUCUGUUUGUUGAAGAAGAAGAAAAGAAAAUCUGAUUAAGAAACGUACAUGAACAUAAUUUUCCUGUCGUCGUCAUCAUCCUCAUCAUUCUGACGCUCUUCUUCUUCUUGGUCCCCCCCCCCCUACAGCUGCGUCUGGAUGAGAACCAGGAGGCUGAGUACCAGGUCCUGAGGAUGCAGCUGCAGCAGGAGCUGGAGCUGCUGAACGCCUAUCAGAGCAAGAUCAAGAUCCACACCGACACCCAGCACGAGAGGGAGGUGAAGGACCUGGAGCAGAGGGUGUCCAUCCGCCGGGCGCUGCUGGAGCAACGGAUCGAGGAGGAGAUGCUGUCCCUGCAGAACGAGCGCUCGGAGCGGAUCCGGACCCUCCUGGAGCGCCAGGCCCACGAGAUCGAGGCCUUCGACUCGGAGAGCAUGCGUCUGGGCUUCAGUAACAUGGCGCUGAGCGGCAUCCCGGCCGAGGCCUUCAACCAGGGCUACCCGACGCCCAGCCCGUCCUCGGGCUCCGGUGGCUGGCCCUCCAGGCCGGUGCCUCGCUCCGGCAGCCACUGGAGCCACAGCGUGCAGAACUCAGUGACCACGCCGUCGUGGCGCAGCCAGAACCACGGAGGAGGAGGAGGAGGAGGAGGAGGCGGCAGCUUCAUCCGCGCAGAGUCCAUCACCUCCUCCCACGGCCUCGGCCGGGACAGCGAGAUGCACAAGAGCAGCAUCAGGGGCCACCCGUCCUCCUCUUCCUCCCACUCCUCCUCUUCCUCCUCCCACCAUCACCACCACCACCACCAGCAGCAGCAGCAGCAGCAGCAGCAGCAGCAGCAGCAGCACUACCUCCCACAGCACUACCAGCACCACCAGAGCACGCCGCAGCUGUACCGCGAGAGCCACGACGGCCGGGAGCGCGACCGCUCCAGGGAGUGGGUGGGAGGAGGAGGAGGUGGUGGAGGAGGAGGAGGAGGAGGUGGCGGCGGCGGCGGCCACUACCCCCACCACUCCCAGCUGCACCACCAUCACCACCACCUCGCCACACAUGCCUCCUCCCAGUCCUUGGCUCUCCUGCCUCCCCCGCCGCCGCCUCCCCCGAUCUCCAUCUCCGCCUCCCCACCCUCCUCCGCCUCCUCCUCUUCGUCGUCUCAGGGAGGCUACGGCGGCGGCCUAAGCAUCAGGGGCCCCGGCCUCAUGGCCCUCAGGAACAGCCCCCAGCCUCUGAGGAGGACGGCCUCCGGAGGGCCGGGGGGAGGCGGGGGGAGCGACGGAGGGCUGAGCCGGAGCACGUCGGUCACCUCCCACAUCUCCAACGGGUCGCACCUCUCUUACUCCUGAAACUCCGCCUCCUGAGAUCUGACGUCAGAGAGAAUUCAAGCCGUCAGUUUGUUUUAAGAGCAAAAGUUAAAAAAAAUGUAAAAACACAUUUUAAAUGUAGAUUUAAAUGUCUUCUUUCUUUAAAUUGUUCCUGAUGCUCAAAAGUAAAAAGAAUAUAAGUUAGGACAGAUAAAACCCCAAGUAUUAAGAUCACUGUUAGAAAGAAGCUGCACAGGAACAGUGACCAAAACAGAACCAGUAAAGAUAAAAGAGAACCUGCUGCACAGUUCUGAGGGUGCUUUCAAAGACCACUGUAAACUAUGUAAAUAACGGUUGUUUGUCUUUGAUUUUUCGAUCUGUAACUGUUUCAUACGUUUUUCUUUUGUAGUGAUAAAUAAGAU